AUGACAGAUGAAGCUUCAAUAGCAAUAACGAUGCCGAAUGUGGAGUACGAUGACGAAGUUUCCAAAGCUGCAGAGUGUCUUUUUCGUUCGGAAUGCGUUUCAACUUUGCUUGCCCCUACCAUCAAUUUGAAGGCUUCAAGGUUCGAGAUAUAUCCUUGAAAAGAACUUUGAUGCAGAUUAUUAUACAUUUUUGGUCGGUUUUAGCAUCUUUCUUUCCGUUUUCACCAAGUUUUAGAGGUUGUCAAUGCAAAUAUCAAAGAAAAAUGUGGUAAAAAUCACCCUCAUGAGUGUUUCUAUCCCUUUGAAAACUGAAGGAAGGGAUAAGAGUUAAAAUUUUGAGUUUUUUGCACCUAUUUUUGAAAAACAUUUUUUAAGAUGUUUUUGAUGAUGGUAAAAGUUUGUUGAAGUCUCUUUUCAGUGAAACCUGCAAUCUUGGAAUCGAUACAAUUAUUUCUCGAGGAGAAUCUCUUGAACCAACGACGAGCCUCGUUCCUAUCAUCAAUGACGAUGGGAAUAUUGUCGGUUAGUUUUUUUUUUUCAUCAUCAGAAAAAAAACUUUGGUUUCAGAAUUCGUUGAACAGUCGAGAGCGAGUGAAGAGUUUGGCUCGUCCAGUGUUUCCAUGUCAUUGAAUAGGUGAGUUUUGCGAUUUUUAAUUUUUGUGGUCUUUUUGAGAGGGUUUUUUUGAUCCUUUGUGCAGAUUUUUCGACUUUCUUUUAACACGAAAAGGUCAAAAAUCCAAUGGUUACUGUAGCGAAGCUAUAAGAUUUCUUUAGAAGUGAUUUUCAUCUCUAAAAAAUGAUGAUAUUUGAGGGCCCCGUACAAGGACUCAAUAAUGAGAACAAGCGUGGCGCACAAGGUCCGCGGCUCUUCCAGCAAUGUCCCUUUUUCUCCUGGUUUUUCUGCCACAAUCUCUUCGGUCCUAUGAAUUUUUCAAUAUUUUAAGGGUUUGGAAAAGGAAUCGAUGAUAUUUUAUCCGGCGCUGAAGUCCCCAUCGACGAUGAAAAUGCCUCGAAAUACAACGAAAAAGAACUGGAGUUCUUGGAUUUUUCGACAAGUUUGUGGAGUUUUCGAAAUUUUUUCUGAGUUGUUGAACAAUCUAAAUGCUUGAUGAGACCUGUAAAAAUGAUCAUCAAAGUUGUUUCCAAAUUAUUUUUUGAAGAGGAUUUUUCGAAAAGCUACAAAGACAUGAAUUGAUACUUCUUGUCCUAUAAAUGAUAUUUCUGAUUUUUUUUUCUAGUUAGCAUUUAAUCUUCUCUUUUUAUUUUUUUUAGUCAGGUCAAAGCUUUUUUCAGCCCUGCUGAAUCAAGCGCCUGGAUUGAAACCGGUCAACUUGUCCGAGAACGCUUCCGGAAACCAAAAAGCUCCCGAAAAAGAAGAAAUUCCUUCAAAACCACCGCCGGUCAUCGAUCUGGAUUCAACGAACAUCUUCGAUUUGCUCGACUUUGUCUCUUCUGGAGCACCGAAUCUUCCCGCUUCCAAGAAAUCCACCGAUGAACAGAAUAAAGAUGAAAACGCAACAAAAAUCGAGGAAAUCCCUAUUGUGAGACCCUCGCUUUCCUCGGCUUUAAUGAUUUUGUGUUUGUGAAGGAUUCCGCCGAAGAGAAGGAACUUGAAGAAUGCAUUACGGAAUCUCUGCCGCACGUGAAAGAAGACACGAGAAACUAUGAUCUGGAGGCGUCCACGUCAACGAAUUCCACGAAAAAGUUCGCCUACGCCAAUGAAAUCAACACGCUCGAGUCUUAUCCGGAGUAUGAGAAGCUGUUGCCGAGAAUGGCGCGAAAGGUAAAACUGCAAAAAAAUGUAGGGGGAGAGUGAUAAUUUUGAAGUUUUCUGGGGGACAAGGCUUGUAAGCUACGACCAUCGAUUUCAGUGAAAAAAAGUUGAAAAAAAUUAUUUUUUUAGGCAUUUUUCAUUCUAUAACCUUAAGUUCCGGUACUGAAAAAAAUCUUAAAAAAAUAGCCGGAAUCUCCCAAAUAUUAAUCAAUUUUUUUAUUUUGUGUUGAAGUUCUGAAUGUGAACAAGAAUUUUUUUAAAGCUAAAAAUAUGAGAUUAGAAGAGAUUAAAAAUAGUAUAUUUUUGAUAUUUUUCUGUAUUUUCCACUGUACCCUUCCUCAUAAGCAAAAUCGGAAAGGGUGUAAAAAAGCUCCAUAAGAAUGUUCUUCUUGCUGCCUUUUUGCCCCCUUUUUUCGGCCUUUAUGCAGCAUUUUUACUGCCUUUUUGAGCCUUUAAAAUCUCAAAAAAAAAUUGGAAGGCUCGAUAAAGGGACUCUUUUUGCUACCUUUCUGCGACAUUUCUGGAGCCUUUUUUGAGCCGCUCCCUUUUAGCGGCCAUUAUCCACCAUUCCGACUUUGCCCGAUUUGAUUUCUAAUUUUUUCUCUUCUGAAAUUUGGCAUUGAGCCUUCUUGAAAUACACACUCGUUAAGAAAAUUCCUAAGAAUCCUGAUGAUUUAUAUAAUUUUUAACAUAAAACAUAAACAUAAUUAAUUUCAGUACCCAUUCACGUUGGAUCCGUUCCAACAGGCCUCGGUUCUGUGCAUGGAACGAGGCGAAUCCCUUUUCGUCGCCGCGCACACUUCUGCCGGAAAAACGGUCGUCGCCGAGUAUGCCGUUGCCAUGUGCAAAGUCCACAAGACACGGUUCGUCAAAAACAUUGAUUUGUAGGCAAAGAGAGUGAUUUUAUAAGCGAACGAUUUAUUCACCAGUGUGAGAGAAAAAAUUUAAAAAAAGGGUGAAGAAAACUAGGACGACAGUUUUCAACAGAUUCAAAAAAUACAGGGAACAUUGAAAUGUCGAAAUCUUUAUUUUUAGAGCAAUCUACACAUCCCCCAUCAAAGCGCUCUCCAACCAGAAGUUCCGAGACUUCAAGCUGGACUUUGAAGACGUUGGCCUCAUCACCGGAGACAUUCAGCUUCACCCCGAAGCUUUUCUGCCUGAUCAUGACCACCGAAAUCCUUCGGUUCUCCGGCUCUCCGAUCUUUUUGAUAGCCUUUCGUGUAGAUCGAUGCUCUACAACGGAUCCGAAGUGAUUCGAGACCUCGAAUGGGUCGUCUUCGACGAGGUCCACUACAUCAACAACGAGGAGCGCGGUCAUGUCUGGGAGGAGGUUGGAAAAUUGAAAGAAAUGAACAAAAGACUGCGAGAAGUUCCUGUAGCUAUACAUCGGCUAGAUCCCACCCCAGCUUUUUGCGCGCGAAAAAAAAUUAUGAAACUGUACUGAAGUAGGCCGCACUUUUUGGGGGGUAGGCCGCAGUUUGAGGGGGGUAAGCCGCACCCCGGGGUGGGAUCCAGCCGACGUAUGCUACAAAGCUACAGGCUGUAGCUUUAGUUGUCAUAAUCAGUUACCGCUCAACUAGGUUUUCUAGGUGUUAAUCAUGCUCCCGUCGCACGUCAAAAUCGUCAUGUUGUCAGCAACUGUCCCCAACUGUGUCGAGUUCGCUGAUUGGGUCGGGUUAGAAGAAAUAUGUAGCUUCUCCGAAGUCCAUGCGUUGUUCAGAAGAAUCAAGAACCGGCGAAUAAAUGUGAUUUCAACGUAUCGACGACCUGUCCCCCUGGAACACUUCCUCUAUACCGGACAAGACGGCAAAACAAAGAAGGAUCUUUUCAGGGUACUUGAUUUCAUGCUUGAAAAAAAUGACAUUCUAACUGAAAUCAAGUUAUCAAAAUCAGGAAGUUUGCAACAUUUUUUUAUAUUAAAGGCUAUAAAGAAUACAUAAUUCGACAAAUCAGACUAAAUUCUAUACUAAAGAAUAACUGGGAACGGCCUUGUUACAAAACAAAUAAAUGAGGUUUACUUCUGGCCGCAGAUCUUUUUUUGUCCAUGUCAUCACAUCUCCUUUAUACGUGGGCAAGGAGUCGAAAAUUACAGAGGAGACUCACAAAAAGUUUUCAAGAGUUAAGGAUAAAAUUACGUUUUAAGCUCAGCAAGGUAGUACUGACUUCAAUUUUGAAAGAGUUGGUUGAAGGUAUGGCGGCCUUUAUCAAAGGUACCUACAAUCUUUUUAUCAUUACUCUUUUUUUGCCCAUUUUUUUCAUAUCGGUUUUCAUCUUUUUUUGACUCUCUUUUCAUUGAUAUCAUCGCCUUUUGUUGUAGUUGUUUUCUUGUUGGCUUGAGGGAUUUAUGGGCCACAAGCCACAUAGAAUCCUAACUUUUUGAAAGCUCAGAAUCAAACUCUUGAGAGCCUUCGAAGAGAAGUUUCAACAUUAAAAAUCACCGAAAAAUUUCAGUCGAUUUCCAAUAAGAACUUUUCUCUUUGUUCAAAUGUUUUUUCUAGCGGAGCUUAGGUUUGAAAAGCAUCCCAAGGUUUUUUCUUCCAAAUUUUUGGGUUUUCAAGAUCAUCGACAGCACUGGAACGUGGCUAACGAAAGGUUACAACGAGGCAGUCGAGGCAAAGGUACCUGAAUUGAACAAGAAAAACAAGUGUAAGAAUAAAAUAAUCAGGAAAAGCUGCAUGCGAAGCAAGUUCAUGCCCACCAGAACGACAGAAACCGUGGUGGAGGUGGCGGUCAAGGAAGAGGAGGGGCUCAUCCUCCUACCAGAGGUUCUUUUUAAAAUUUUGAAGCGUAUUUGGAAGAUUCUAACCCCUGUCUAAGUCUAAUUUCAGGCGGGGCGAAUGGACAGUUCCGCGGAGGAGCAAAUACUGGAGGAGGCAAGAAUUAUCCUGGAAAAAAUGAUCGAAAUAUCUAUUCGAACCUGAUCAAUCACAUGAGAGAGUGUGAUCAACUGCCGAUGGUCGCCUUCGUUUUUUCACGGAAAAGGUAUAGUUCGUUUUUCGCGCCUUGAAAGGGCGGGACUUCUCUGCGCCCUCCUUAUCUCUCCACGUCCCUCUCAUGUUUACGUGCUGUUUCCAUGUUUCUCUGGCCUCGCCGGUGAGGGAAUUGAGAGACGCAGACACGCGAAAAAUGUUCAGUCGCGGCGGGCGGACUAUACUAUAAGUUCAUGUAAUGCCGAUUCACGGCUAACCUGAGACGUUAAGGGGCGUGGCCUGUCUGUGCUCUCCAUAAACCAGACACUGCCUCUUUUAUGAUCAAGUUAGGACCCUCUUUUUUUUCAAGCCAGCCGUGAAUUGGCUUUAAAUUGAGUUAGAUGAAUAUUUUGAAGGAACUGAAGUCGAAGAUAUAGUUUUGAGACCCUUAAGCUGUCCCUUUGAGUUUUCUGAACUUUAGGCGGAGAGCCAGUCUUACGUUUUUGCCAAACUUUGAAGGCACGGUUUUUUUGUUGUAUUUUUCUCCUCUUAGAUGCGACGAUAACGCACAGAUCCUGCAAACGAUGGAUUUGACGACACAAGUCGAAAAAUCACACGUACGGAAGUUCUUCCAACAGUGUGUUGAGCAGUUGAAAGGCAGCGAUAAAAUGUUGCCGCAGGUUAUUUUUGACGGCAUUUUUCAAUUAGUGAUGAAGAUUAUUAGGUGCUACAAAUGCGGGAAUUGUGUCUGCGCGGCUUCGCCGUUCAUCACAGUGGAAUCCUGCCGAUCCUGAAGGAAGUCGUCGAGUUGCUCUUCCAGAAGGGAUACGUCAAGGUUGGAUUAUUGUCCAGAUGAGGCUGGGUUUGGAGUUUUCGUGAAGAGUUAGUCUAGAAGAUAGUCGCUACGGAUGAACUUUUCAAAAUAAAAAAUAGCGUUUUAUAUAGGUACAUUUGCGCUCCAUGGAUUCAAAAUUGUCAAUUUCAAGCUUGAGAAUUAUUUCUUAGUUAAGCGAAAGUGAGAGCACGACUUUUUUUUUCGACGACGCUUACGCUUUUCUUCUAUGUUCAUGCCCCUUUUCCACUCUUCCAUCCAAGUAUUUUUGAAAUAAAAAUGGUACGAAACUGAAAAAAUGUGAUAGUUGUGCAAUUUUUGUUCGUGAAGUAGAUACAUGUUUUUUUUGCGGCUUUUCUGAACCUGAUUUGAAAAAAUUCGAACUCUGAUAAUUGGUUCUGCGAAGCAAAAAUAUUAUCUACGAACAGCCAUUUACUCAAUAAGGCUCUGGUUACUAGUUUUACCUGGUUUUUUUUGUGGCAGUAACGCACUUUCUAUUUUUUUGGAUAACCCUGGCCUAAAUGUAACUUCUAUCAAAGUCCUGAUUAAUUCUGUUUAUGAUUUGAGAUCCUAUUCGCGACGGAGACGUUCGCCAUGGGCGUGAACAUGCCGGCUAGAUGCGUCGUAUUCGACAGCAUCGUCAAGCACGACGGAACCCAGAAGAGGAUCCUCAACGCCGGAGAGUAUAUCCAGGUUUGAGGAAAUGCUGCCAAAGUUCUAUGUCGUUUUUGAGCAACUAUGGGGAUCAUUUAAGAGUUCUGACUUUUUUUUCGAGUUUUAACAAAAAGAGCGAGAAUUCUCACGCCGGUUAUUUUUCUCCUGUAACAGCCUUGAAAAAGGCUGGGAAUUAAAUGGAAAAAUAUGAAUAUAUAGAAACCAAGAGAAAACGCCGUGUCAAUGCUGUAUAUACUGGUAUUAACUUUUUAGGAAAAAAAAUCUCUAGUAUGAGCAAUAAUGAGAAAACGUGAGAUGUUAGACUUUAAAAAUUGAAUUGAUUCUCUUGCACCUUGUGACAAACUUUGGUUGAUAUUCGUUGAUUUUUUGCCGAGAUAUGAACUUUCAAAGUUUUUUACCGUAAUCCUUCGAGCUACCGUAUCUCGAAAACUACUCUAGAGAUGUUCAGUUGUUUUUCUAAAAAGUCCUAAAAAUCGUGUUCCACAGCGUUUUUGAUUUCGAGACCUAUAUCUCUAGUGUCUCUUGACUCGUUCAGAUGGCAGGUCGAGCUGGCCGACGUGGCCUCGACCCAACCGGAACCGUCAUAGUUCUGUGCAAAGACCCCGCCGUGCCUCAAGCCGCAGAUCUGCAAGUUCUGAUGAACGGCGCAGCUCUUCGACUUGAAUCCAAGUUCCGCGUCACCUACUCCAUGUUGCUGAACUUGCUCCGUGUUGAGCAACUCCGCAUCGAAGAUAUGCUUCAGAGGUUCCAGGAACCUUGAAACGUAUCAUCCUUACAACCUUUUUCAGAAGUUACGCUGAAAGCGGCUCUCUCCGUGAAGCGCGCGAGAAGAGGAAGAACUUAGAGAAGGUUUUUCAGCGUCAUUUUGGAUUAUUCCAGUACAAAAACUUGAAUAGUAUGACUUUUUGUUUCAAAAAUCCACGAUAGUUUUUUAUAAGCAAGAACUGAAAAAGAAGAAAAUAAGGAACGCGAAAUACUCGAGAACUUCCCUGUUUUCAACUCGAGUGGGAAAAGCUUCCUCGUGUUCCGAGAGUUUUCAAAAAUCUGAGCUGUCAAAACUUGAAACUUUUUUCGAGUGGAACAUGCUAUAGACGUGUCACGCGUAUGGAAAAAAAAAGAUAAAUUCGAUUUCAAGCGGGAACUCGAAUUUUGUGCGAUGCGCGAAAAUGAAAUUAGAGAUUAUUUGGAUUUUUUUUCUGUGACUUGAAAUUAUGAGACUGGAUCAACGUAUCGCGGUUUAAGCUUCUACUUAAGCCCUACUAGGAGUGUUACCAAGCUUAAGAUUUUCGUUGCGCGCAAGUCGCUCUUUGGUCGGACGCCCUUUUAUGAGAACUUAUAAGUUGAGACUUUCUGGGAAAGUUUUUAGUGGCCACUAUAGAAGUCAAAUUACUGGCCACUUAAAACGUUAAAAGUAGUGGCCACUAUAAAGGUCUAAGUGCUACAACUAGACCACUAAAAAUUUUAGUGACCUCUUUAGGGAUCAAUGGAUCAACAACUGGUCCAAUCUGUUUGUUUUAAAAUUAUCAGAGUUACUGGAAGGAAUACUGGAUGAAAGGAAUACUAUAUGAAAAACUACUAGAGUGGCCACUAAGUAGAGAACCUCUGUAGUUGCCAUUAUAGAGGUGGGUUUAGUGGCCAUUUUAGUGUCCUCUCCAAGUAGUUCUUGGCGAGCCUCUAUAGUUGCCACUAAAAAUUUUCCCAGUUACAUGCUUAUUUUCAAGUGGACCCUUUCGAAGAUUUCUUUGAAACUUUCUUCAGUUUCUGCCUAAUUUUUCUUGAAUUCUCAAUCGAAAAAGUGUUCCAGACUAGCUGGAUUGAAUCUAGAGGUUCAGCGAAUCCUUCUUUUUCAGCUGGAGCAAGAACUCAGAUCAAUGCCGCCCAUCGACUGUGCGACCUGCGAACCCACGUUGGCCAAGACCAGCUUCAGCACAUUCGGCCUCCGAGUCUACCACGACGCCUUGUGCAGCUUCAUCUACCGCGUCUCGGACAUGUGGCCCAAAGUGUCUUGUUCGUCGUGUCUCUUGACUAGAAAAAUCGGAAAUUUUUCCAGCCGAACAAUCGGUCAGCAAAUUGCUCAACGUCGGACGUUUCCUCAUCGUUAGCAGCGCUCAAAAUUGCUUCCAGAACGAUGUCGUUUUGCUCCUCAAAGUGAUUCUUGAUUCUUACCUAUUUCGCCACGAAUUGAAACUGUCUACCUUAUCAUAUCUUCUUGCUGUUUUCCUUUUUUUCUUUUGAGUCAGGGAAAAGAGGACGCAGAUGCUUCAGAUUUUUAAAAUUAAGGAGAAUGUGGUAUACCAAGAAUUUAUAAACUCCCGGGGAGCUUCUGAUCGAGAAUAGGAUUGAAAGCAGUUUUUGCGCUGAGCUUGAAUCGGUGCUCUAAAGCCUUAUUAGGGAACUACUCGGACGAGUUUGGAGUUGUAACUUUGGUAGCCUGUAGAACUAAGCUAGAGUGCUUGGAAUCAAGUGAAAUUAUCUGCUAAACCCCCAUAGGCUUCUCAGAAAAAGCUAUCCAGGUACGAGCCACUAGGCGACCUGAUGCAAUGAUUAGAAGGCCAGUCUCAUGAGUGACUUUUUUGAGUAGGUUCGACCCCUGUCGAGUGUAAAUCUUUUUUGCAUUUUUCUUAAAGACAAAAAAAAUUUUUAAAUGUUGUACCCUACCUCCGAAGCCUGGGAAAAAGAACGGCAGGUCAGCGCGCAUCAGUUUAGAGAGCACGGUGAACUUGGAGAGGACAGAAUCUCGCUCUCUACUUUCUAUACUCUGUCUAAGGACCUGCCGAUUGUUUUUUACAUGCUCGCUUGUCUGCCACUUUUUUUCUGAGGCUGAUUAGACUGAACCACGUUUCAGAUGUAUUUGAGCACGCAUAACUUUUUUCACAGAAAAUUUUAGUCGUUUUAAAGCACUUAUUCGGAAUCAGUCUGCAGAAAUAUGCGGCUGAAACUAACCUCUGGCUCGAAAUCAGAAAAAAAAAGUCGUCUAGGAACUCUCCAGUGGAUCUUCGAGGUCUUUGCUCAUCAUGGCCAGUUGUGACAGCCUUUCUUCCUCAGAUGAGGCCCUGAAACAAGCUGACGCCUUCAGCCGCUUGAAUGCCACAGUGAGAUUUCUUUUGAAGUUGAAAUAUGAGUUGAUGAUCUCAGGAGAAGAGUUGGAACGAGGAGACGUGCCAUUUGGAAGGUCUCGCCAAGUUCGGCAUCAAUGGAGCACGAGUUCCUUCUAGCGGAAGGUUGGGAUCAUUUUUGGAGCUUUAGAUUUCAAAUUCACACCAGCCAUACCUUAGCACUAAUAUACAGCUGUAAAUUAUUUUUAUACUAUUAUUUUACUGAGAAUAGAACUGCAUUAAACUUGUAGAUAGUUAGUAGAAAUGUUUAGUAGUGAUUCUGAAGUAGAAAAAUAAUUUUAUAGUCACUUUUUUUCAUAGAAAACUGUUCCGAGUCUGCGAACUGUCCUACUCUUCCCUCGUCGCUAUCGUCAAGAAAUCGCUCAAGUCCGUCCAAGCCGUCGAAGUGAUUGCCGAGUCAGAUCGCCGGAAACUGCCGAGAUUCCGGUGGAGCGCAUUUUCAGCUUCAAUUUAAUCUUUGUUUUUAGUAAUGAGCCGGUGUCGGAUGGCGUGGUAAAGCUCAUCAACCAGUUGGAUGGCGUCGCCGAAAGCCUUUCCAAAGGCGAAGUCGAGGUUUUGACGAACCCUUUAACACACGUUCUCCUAGAAAAGCGCUGAACCAUUGACACUAAAAAUUCAUUUUGCUUUUUUCGAGCUCAUACUUUUAUUGCAACAACUUUACAACAACAGGCGCUGGCAUUCGUUUAAAAAAAGUUUCAUUCGAUUCGGACCACGGAGAAAAAAGUUACAUUUUUUUAUUUCGGCUACAAAAGGGGCGGAGCCUGUCAAAACCAUUUUCUUAAACGAAAGCCAGUGCCAAAAUUUUUUAUACUAACUUUCUUUUUGAAUAUUUUUUUCAAACCGAAAAAAAUUGACUUUCAUUGAAAAUCCUGCAUUUUCAGUUUUUGUGGUUUUUAAGGAGGAAGAACCCCCCAAUCCGUGUAAUUUUAUUUUUUUAAACGAAGCGUCAUUCCUUUCUACUGAAAAUAAUAAAGUUUCCAAUAGGAGCGAGAUCAAAAAGUUCCGAUUUUUUUAAAUUAAAUAACUGCUUCCACCGUGUCUGCCUUAGUGCCUACUUUAGUGUCCUCUCCAAGUAGUCCUUGAGGAACCUCUGAAGUGGACACUAGAGUUUUCCCCACUCAUUUAUCCUGUUGUCCUUCUGUCUCAUUACAGUACCCAUCCAGGUUUAUUCGAUGAACGAACUCGCCUCGAUGUGCUCCCGAGUCGAGCUCGACACACCUCUGGUGGAAAUAGCUUCUUUGGAAUCAACGUUAUCUGACCCUGCAGUAUAUCCCGCUCGUCAUUGCACCAGAUUCGACCAACAUGUGUGUCGAAAAUGAAUUUUGAGAGAAUAUUCUGACCCUCAGAUGAUGCUCCAAAGAGAAAAGGUGCGGUACGAGCGACGGAUCGAGACACUGAAGUAUGAGCUCUCGUCGGACGCCUUGCUCCUCAGCGACGAGUAUCAGAAUAGGCUCAAGGUGAAAGGAAAUAUGGAGUUUUCGCCAGCAAGUUUCGAAAUUUUAAUGGUAGAUGGAUGUGAAGCCAUAUCGAAAAAAAUAUCUGGUUGAAACAGGAAGUUUAAAGAUUUUUAAAAGUCGUAGUUCAUUAACCGCUGACUUGAGGGGAUGCUUAAUAGAGUAUUUAUAUGAUACGAGAGACACUGUGCAAAAAGAGGAGGCUUAGGCGUACAUGUAAUGGUUUUGAGCUUAGUUAAAGACGAAAUUUUGAAAGUCUGGUACAUGGGCUUUUUUUUUGAAGUUUUUUUCUCCCCUAUAAUGAACCAAAGUCAUGCUCCUGCGUCUUCAAAAGACAUAAUUAGCCUUAAAAUAUUAUCAAGAUCAAAAUAUCCCAGGUCCUGGAAGCCCUUGGCUAUGUGGAAAACGAGAAGAUGGUCAGCCUACGUGGACGGAUCGCCUGUGAAAUACAUCACCAGGUGGCCUCGAAUUCAUGUACCUUUUCAAGUAAUGAUUGUUAGGAACUGCUUAUAACCGAACUGAUUCUCAACAAUCGAUUCGUGACGCGAUCUUCGGCCGAAGUGGCCGCCAUGCUCUCCGCCCUGACCUGCCAGUACAACUCGGGGAAAGAGAUCCGAUUCCCGCCGGAGACGAUUUUCGCCGAAGUACGGAAGAGAUUUUAUCACGGCUUGAAACGUCUUAGUUGCUCCUAUAAUCAAGAUUUUGAAGCCUCAUGUUAUCGUCUUUGGUUUCAAUUAGCGAGCUGAAAAUUUUGCGCGAAGAGUCAUUUUUCUAGCUUUCUGGUUGGUUUUAAACCAUUGAGCGUAAACCAGAGAAAGUCGGGCGCAUGAUUGGAAAAGAUAGCUCUCGAGUUUAUUCAAGAGCUGCAGCUUGAUGUUUCAAGGCGUGAAGAAUGGAUUAAUCAGGAUUUUGAAUUGGAACUUCUUUUUUUUUUUUUCGCCUUUGGCCUGAAACAGCGCGGAGAGCCAUUUUUCUAGCCUUCUGGUCGGUUUCAAACCAUUGAGCGUAAACCAGAGAAAGUCGGGCGCAUGAUGGGAAAAGAUAGCUCUUGAGUUUAUUCAAAAGUCGCAGCCUGAAGUUUCAAGGAGUGAUGAAUGGAUUAAUCAGGAUUUUGAAUUGGAACUUCUUAUUUUAUCGCCUUCGGCCUGAAUCAGCGCGGAGAGCCAUUUUUCUAGCCUUCUGCUCGCUUUUAAAUCAUUGAGCGUAAACCAGAGAAAGUCGGGCGCAUGAUUGGAAAAGAUAGCUCUUGAGUUUAUUUAAAAGCCGCAGCCUGAAGUUUCAAGUAGUGAAAAUGGGAUUUUAGAAGUUCAGUGAGAAUCCAGUGUGUUUUUGUGUUCAGUUGCAAGACAACGUGACGGAAAUCAUGAUGCGAUUGGACCAAACCGCGUCGAGAUUCAGCGCCCGAGCCGCCGAAGUCGGCUGUGAAGUGAGGAUAUCUCUUCUAUUUUUUGUUAAUUUUUGUAGUCUGAUUUUUCCGAGAAGUGUAGUUUGUAGUUAUCCAAGAAAAAAAGCAGGUAAUUGUCUGCGACAAAUUUUACAUCUCGACUUUUUUCUUUAAUCUAGUUUACUGCGAAGUCAAAAAAAAUCGAACAUUUGGAUCCCUGAGUCUGUGACAAGUCAUAGUAGAAAAUUUGAGAUUUCUCACUUAUUUCUGGUUUUUCCCCUCGAUUUCCGUUUUUGUAGUUUGAUUUUUCCGAGAAGUACAAUUCGGAGCAAUGUUCUGAACCAAAAAAAAGUUCUAACAAUAUAAAGUCGCUCAAAAAGAGAAGACGAUAGUAGUGACUCACGGUACUAACAAUUUCGUUUCGAAAACAAAUAUGGGUCUUUUUUCUAGCUUUUUCACCCAGUAGCUCGUUUAAAAGGUCGAGUGGAGACCCAAAAAUCGAGUAAAUGAAGAUUUUUUUCAAACUCUUGAAUUCAGCUCCGUUUCGACCUGAUGGAGGUCGUUUACCAAUGGGCCAAUGGAAUGGUAAGAAUCCCUGAGAAUCUUGAAAUGUUUAAGCCUAAAUUCAGCCUUUUGCGGAAAUCAUGCAGCUGACAGACGCUCAAGAAGGCCUCAUCGUCAAGUGCAUUCAGAGGCUCGACGAAGUUUGCAAGGAUGUCAGGUGAGCCGAAAAAAGAGAAAUAUUCCUCGACAAAAAAGCGGCAUAUUCAAGAAAUGCGGCGCGAAUCGUCGGCGACCCUGCCCUUUUGGAGAAAAUGGAGGAAGUUAGUGCCUCGAUCCGCCGAGACAUUGUCUUCGCGGCCUCCCUGUACACGUCUGUUUGA